AUGAGCAGCCAGGUGGCGGCCUUCGGGACUCGCCUUGCCCGCUCGCUUUCGCGGGAUAGCUCAAACAGCGCAAACGCGAGCUCUCCCAGCACCGUGGCGCCAGAUGCGACUGAGCCCGUCUCUCCUGAACGCCGUGACGGCUCGCAGCAACGCGGGCGCAAAGUGGUCAGUUCCGGCAGAGGGGGCGCCGGCAAUAUCCGGCCGCACGAUUCUUCAAGUAGCCCCGCUCAGCGUGGUGUCGGUGGUCCCGACGAUUUCUCAGUGACAAGAGGCCGAGAGCUACUCCCACAGGUUCUUAGGACUGAAGGGGCUCUCAAAAGUACAGGGCGGGGUGGAGUGGGUAACAUCAUUUCCCGCUCAAAGGAUCGCAGUGUCUCUCGCGAAGAUAUCGAGACGGAGAGUGUUGUCGACACCAUCGUCAGUACUGGCGAGGCCGAGUAUGAGAGACAUCUCAUUCGCGAGCAUGCAGCUGCGCGAGCGGCGGGCAAGUUCCCUUCCGGUAGAGGUGGGGCGGGGAAUGUUCAGCGCGCUACCGCUUGA